AUGGGUUUCUCUGGAGAUUGGUACAAGGAAACUUGUCAGUCCGCCAAUGGGUUUAUCUAUCUUUACGAUAAGCAGAUGUUUAAGGGAAAAAUUGAAAGGGUUCCUGUGCUAUGUAACCCUAGCACGGGUCAGCAGGUACAUUUACCUAUAGUGAGAGCCAAGAAUAACGACUUGAGAAGCUUUUUGGGGUAUGAUCCGAUCGAGAAUGAAUUCAAGGUUUUGUGCAUGACUGUGGCGAAGUAUAAUAAACAAACUAACUCCAGAGAACAUAAAGUUUUGACGUUAGGGAAAGGAAAACCAUCGUGGAGAAAAAUCAAAUGUUUGUUUCCACAUUUUCCUGAGAAUUACAAAAAUGGGAUAUGCAUCAACGGGAUUUUGUAUUACAUAGCUAGGAGCAAUUUGAAUACAGUGAUAGCUUGCUUUAAUGUUAAGUAUGAGAAAUUUAGGUUUAUACAAAUAGGUGAAGAGAGCUCUAUGUUGACUUUCUUGACGUGGAUAAAUUACAACGGAAAGUUAGCUGCCCUAGUCUUUGAUCAAAGUCGCCAUGAUCAGUUAUGGGUUCUAGAUGAUCCUGAGAAUGAGAAAUGGUCGAAGCAUAUCUUUCAUUUGCCAACUGCCGCUUUUAUGGUCAUAAGAUCAAUUUGGGCAACUGAUUCAGGUGAGAUUGUUUGGGCGCCAAGUCGUUGGACCUAUCCAUUAUAUGUCUUCUACUACAAUUUGGAGAGACAGAGUGUUAGAAGAGUUGAGAUCAAAGGAAUUGAAGAGAAGGCGUUGAUGGGUCAUUAUCGCCCUGAAGCAAUAUUCACCUUCACAAACCAUGUUGAGAAUGUGAUGUUUCUGUAA